UAACGGCCGCGCUGCCGCCCUGUGACAUGACGGCGGCACGCCGGAAGCGCUCUCCUCCCUCGUGACGUAUUUCCGCUUCCGCCGCUGCUCAUCCUUUUCCGCCGCCGCACACGCGAGGAGUUACCGCUCGGCGCCAGUGCCUCAGCAGCGAGAUGCAGAACGACGCCGGGGAGUUCGUGGACCUCUACGUGCCGCGGAAAUGCUCUGCUAGCAACCGAAUAAUUGGUGCUAAGGAUCAUGCUUCUAUCCAGAUAAACAUUUCUGAGGUUGACAAGGUGACAGGCAGAGUAAAUGGGCAGUUCAAAACAUACGCCAUCUGUGGAGCAAUUCGUAGAAUGGGUGAAUCAGAUGACUCCAUUCUGCGUCUGGCAAAAAAUGAUGGAAUUGUUUCCAAGAACUUCUAACCGAAACAACUCGAAUAUGGAACAUCUGAUGUAAAAUAAAGAGUUCAAACCAA